AUGUCGAGUGCAACGUUGAAUGAUCUUCCUGAAGAUGUAUUAAUGGACAUAUAUUCAAGAUUACCCAUCAAGACUAUCUUACAAUUCAAGUCUGUUUGCAAAUCAUGGUAUGAUAUUAUCAAAGAUCCUAUCUUCAUCACCAAGCAUGUUAACCUAUCUAAUCGUAGCAACAAUGGCUAUCUUGCUGUCACACGCCGUGUUGGUACUUUUGGUGGAAAAUGUUUAAUAUCUUUGUUCUCUUAUGAAACAUUUCGAGAGGUUUUUAACAUAACUAUUCCAUUUAAAAAGGAACAUGGCAGGGUACCUUUUAGAAUCGUAGGUUCAUGUAAUGGUAUCUUGUGUCUAAAUAUUUCUAAAAUUGGAGACACAAAUUUUUUGUUUAAUCCUGUCACUAGUGAAUUCAAAGAGCCCCCAAAACCUGAUUAUCCAGUACACAAGCUUAGUGAAAUUGAAAUUCUUUUACAUAUUGGUCUAGGAUUUGAUUAUGAUCAGGAAACCAAUGACUAUAAAUUGGUCAGAGUUUCUUAUUCUAAGAAGAUGAAAGAGUCAUUUUAUUCAGGAGUUAAUGUGUAUUCAUUGAGGACAAAUUAUUGGAGAAGAAAGGAUACGCUUGUGCAUGGAAGUAUUGUGGAGAAUUCUUUUUCCAAUGGGGACUUAAAUGGUGCUUUACAUUGGAGGGGUGCAAUUAGGAAAAAAGAAAUAAUUCAUAACAUUAUCAUAUCGUUUAAUAUUAGAGAUGAAGUUUCAAGACAACAAUAUGAACCUAGAUUUGAUAUAUGGGUGAUGAAUGAAUAUGGGGUGAAAGAAACUUGGACAAAACAAUUCAGUAUUGGACCUCUCCUAGCAUGGAGCUUUGUUGGAUGUGGCAGGAAUGAAGAACUUCUCUUUGCAACUUCCUCAACAAUAUUGUACCUUUAUGAUCUACAACUACAACAGAUAAAACCUCCUCAUGAUAAUACUUAUGCAGAUGUUAUGGGUUCAAAUUUAAAUUUUGUAGCCGAGAUAGAGGUAGUCAAUCACAUUGAGAGCCUAGUCACAAUUGAAGGAACAAAAGUUUGUGUCAAAAGAGAGCGUAAAAAGUCUCGGUUUCGGGAGAAUUUUAUUUCCAUUAUCUCUGUUGUUUUUAUUUAUUUUGUAGCUAUCCUUGCGGUUUACAUUAAAACGAAUUGA